AUGCAAGUGUCCUACACUCUGCUCAUAUCGAACUCCAAGGAUGCAGAGAUGGAGGAAUCCUCUGUCACGCGACCGAGCUAUAAGGUUUAUAAGCGACGAUUCUGGGGUUUGGCGCAGCUAGUCCUAUUGAAUAUCGUCUGGCUUACCUUUUCGUCGAUUUCUGGCACAGCAGCUGAAUAUUUCAAUGUUUCAGAGAGUGCAAUUAAUUGGAUGAGUACGGGGUACUUGUUCGCAUUCUGUGUCGCGAGCCCAUUCGUCAUCUGGGUAUUAAACAAAGGCGGACCCAAACCAGCCAUUAUCAUCACCGCGACCCUAUUACUCGUCGGAAACUGGCUGCGAUAUGCCGGUACGAAAGCAAAUGGCGGAAUCUUUGGACUGGCCAUGUUCGGUCAAAUCUUGAUUAGCCUGGCGCAGCCUUUUUGCUUGUGCGCGCCAACUCGAUAUAGUGAUCUAUGGUUCUCCGACAAAGGACGAACCAGCGCCACGGCCGUUGCCAGUCUAGCGAACCCAUUAGGUGCAGCACUAGGUCAACUGAUAGAUUCGGAGUGGGCAUCGAAGCCAUCGGACAUUCCGAACAUGGUUCUAUACAUUUCCAUAAUUGCGACUGUCGCAGCCAUUCCAUCCUUCUUCCUCCCCGCUGCACCGCCAACACCCCCAAGCGCAUCAUCUGAUAUACCUCGCACACCACUAAUCCCAGCAACGCGCGCACUUCUUGGUACCGUAGAAUUCUGGUUGAUCUUCGUCGCUUUCUCGAUAUACGUCGGGUUCUUCAAUAGUGUCUCUUCCCUUCUCAACCAAAUCCUAGAACCACAUGGCUUCUCCGAAACAGAAGCCGGCAUCGCAGGCGCAAUCCUCAUCGUGGUAGGCCUCGUCACAGCCGCGGUCAUCUCCCCAAUAACAGAUCGCUACAAGCACUAUCUCGGCUCAAUUCGAGUCCUAGUGCCCAUAGUGGUCGUCUCAUAUAUAGGUUUGAUAUUUGCUCCAUCUAGCUCGGCUGGGAUCGCACCUUCGUAUGUCAUUAUGGCGCUUAUUGGAGCCUCCUCAUUUGCACUUCUCCCUGUUGUACUGGAGUAUCUUGUUGAAAUUACUUAUCCUUUUUCGCCGGAGAUUGGAAGUACUAUAUGCUGGACUGGAGGACAGUUGUUCGGUGCUUGCUUCAUUUUGAUUCAGGAUGCACUUAAGGAUGGUGCUAGUGCGAGUCCACCGUUCAACAUGCAUAGGGCGUUGAUCUUCUCUUGUGUCCUUUGCGCUGUUGCUGCACCCUUCCCGUUAUCUCUUGGGUUGUUUGGGAGAGUCGUUACAAGGCGGCGACUAGAGAUUGAUCGAGGCCUUGAGUUGCAGGAGGCAGAAACGACUCGCCAGGAAAGUGGAGAUGGGAAGAAGAAAGAUGAAUCUGGUUCGAAUUUUGCAUGA